AUGCCCAUCACUUAUUUUUGUCGAAUAUUGCUUACAAUCCGGUAUGUGAGCCCUGGAUGUCAAUCUCAAUGCGUCAAUUGCAUUCCUCCAAGUUAUCAGUACGUUGUGAACCUACCACCUAAUUAUGGUCCUUCACAGGCGACUGUGUUUUCUACUAAUAAUCGAUCACCGUGUUGCCCUCCAACCUCAAAUGUGCAAACAAUUCAAACCGCUCGCGCUUUCACCAAUAAUGCCGGUGCACAAGCGAGUCAGGUGGUGAUGUAUUAUAACGGACAACGAAUUAUUGCCAAUGGACAACAAAACAACAACGCGAUGGUAUCGGAUUACCCACAGGGAAGCACCAACUACCAGAACCCUGGAACAUUACCGCCACGUGUUAAUAACAACUAUGCACCAUUUAGUACUGCACCUCCUAAUAACUUUAAUGGAGGAGUAAUGCAGCAACCUCAAGGACCGAUUAUUGGUGGUAAUGUUAACGGCCAGCAGCCGCAAGGAAUUGAUGUUGGCGGAAAUGUGAACCAGAAUGGUGGAAUUGAUGUCGGAGGCAAUGUUAAUCAGCAAGGUGGUCAAGAUAUUGGAAGCGGAGCUGCACCAUACUCUACUACUGGGUAUAAUGUUGGUCAAGGGAUCAAUCCUACAACUCUUGCGCCAGCGCAAGAAGUGGGAUACCAGCCAUUCGUUCCAGCAGGAAACGUGCAAUACAACAACAAUCAGCCAGGCACUACCAUUUAA